GAGGAAGUCGGGCAGAUGGUUGGAGGGGUCGCUCUCUUUUCAGACGUCUCCCCAACUUCCGGGUCCAGACCCUUGCCACACUUGUGCGCUCUGCAGACAGGUCUUGGAAUCCUGGCAGAGCUCGAAACUGCUGAGUCUGCCCACCUGCCUUCUGGGCCUGGCAUCUCCCCUGACACGCAUAUCACUCUGAGUGCCAGAUUGGCCUCUCUUUUUGGACGGGAUCAGGCGGCUGCUGACCAUGGAAAUGAAUUCUUCCAGUACACAGCCCCAAAGCAGCCUAAGAAAGGCCAGGGAGCAGCAGCAACAGGAAAUCAGGCGGCACCAAAAACAGCACCCACCUCAACAGGCACUUCCACAGUAUUGGUUGCAACAGUAGUCCACGCAUAUAGAUACACAAAUGGUCAAUAUGUAAAGCAGGGCAAAUUUGGUGCUGCAGUCCUGGGAAAUCACACAGCCAGAGAGUAUAGGAUUCUUCUUUAUAUCAGUCAACAACAGCCAGUUACUGUUGCCAAGAUUCAUCUGAGCUUUGAACUAAUGGUUCGGCCCAAUAACUAUAGCACCUUUUAUGAUGAUCAGAGACAAAACUGGUCCAUCAUGUUUGAGUCGGAAAAGGCUGCUGUAGAGUUUAAUAAACAGGUGUGCAUUGCCAAGUGCAACAGCACCUCUUCCUUGGAUGCAGUGCUCUCACAGGACCUCAUUGUGACAGAGGGCCCUGCUGUGGAAGUUGGAGAUUCUUUGGAAGUGGCCUAUACCAGCUGGCUCUUUCAGAAUCAUGCUCUGGGCCAGGUUUUUGACUCCACUGCUAACAAAGAUAAGCUGCUUCGCCUGAAAUUAGGAUCAGGGAAAGUCAUCAAGGGCUGGGAGGAUGGAAUGCUGGGCAUGAAAAAAGGAGGGAGGCGGUUGCUUAUUAUCCCUCCAACCUGUGCUGUUGGCUCUGAAGGGGUAAUAGGAUGGACUCCAUCAACGGAUUCAGUCCUGGUAUUUGAGGUGGAGAUUAGGCGGGUGAAGUUUGCCAGAGAUUCCGGCUCUGACGGGCAGAGUGUUAGUUCCCGGGAUUCUGCCGCCCCUUCUCCCAUUCCUGGUGCUGACAGCCUACCUGCUGAUCCUGUUGUGUCACCACCCACAUCGGUGCCUUUCAAGGAGCCGACUCUUCGUAUCAAAUCUAAUUCCCUCAGUGAACAGCUUACAGUAAAUACAAAUCCUGAUACAGUCAAGGCCAAGUUGAUCUCUCGGAUGGCUAAAAUGGGCCAGCCCAUGCUGCCCAUCUUUCCACCACAGCUGGAUUCCAAUGAUUCAGAAAUUGAAGAAGUGAAUGCUCUGCGAGGAGCUGGGCAACCCAUGCCGCCUCCAUCCAUUCAGCCCUCUCUUCAGCCUGCGCAGCCAGUGCUACCACAGGUUACCACACACGCACCUCAGCCGUCUGUUUCUGGACUCCAAGCACCCUCUGCUGCCUUAAUUCAGGUUGCACCUCUCGAUUCCCACUCCUCAGCUGUAUCUGGAAAUUCCCAGUCCUUUCAGCCCUAUGCAGGUAUGCCAGCCUAUGGUUAUCCCCAGGCACCAACUGUCACCUCCCAGCUGCAGCCCGUUCGGCCCUUGUACCCAGCACCGCUCUCUCAGUCUCCCCAUUUUCAAGGAUCUGGUGACAUGGCUUCAUUUCUCAUGACUGAAGCCCGACAGCAUAACACUGAAAUUCGAAUGGCAGUCAGCAAAGUGGCUGAUAAAAUGGAUCACCUCAUGACCAAGGUUGAAGAGCUACAGAAGCAUAGUGCUGGCAAUUCCUUGCUCAUUCCUAGCGUGUCGGUUACAAUGGAAACAAGAAUGAUCAUGAGCAACAUCCAGCGAAUUAUUCAGGAAAAUGAAAGAUUGAAGCAAGAGAUCCUUGAAAAGAGCAGCCGGAUAGAAGAACAGAAUGACAAGAUUAGUGAACUAAUUGAACGAAAUCAGAGGUAUGUUGAGCAGAGUAACCUGAUGAUGGAGAAGAGGAACAACUCACUUCAAACAGCCACAGAAAACACACAGGCAAGGGUAUUGCAUGCUGAACAAGAGAAGGCCAAGGUGACGGAAGAGUUAGCAGCAGCCACUGCACAGGUCUCUCACCUGCAGCUGAAAAUGACUGCUCACCAAAAGAAAGAAACAGAGCUACAGAUGCAGCUGACAGAAAGCUUGAAGGAGACAGACCUCUUCCGGGGCCAACUCACCAAACUGCAGGCCGAGCUCUCAGAGCUCCAAGAAACCUCUGAGCAAGCACAGUCCAGAUUCAAAGGUGAAAAGCAAAGCCGGAAGCAACUGGAACUCAAGGUGACAGCGCUGGAGGAAGAGCUGGCUGACCUUCGAGCUGAGAAGCAGUCUCUGGAAAAGAACCUCUCAGAAAGGAAAAAGAAGUCAGCUCAAGAGCGCUGUCAGGCUGAGGAGGAGAUGGAUGAAAUUCGCAAGUCAUACCAGGAGGAAUUGGACAAACUUCGACAGCUCUUGAAAAAGGCUCGUGUGUCCACAGACCAAGCAGCUUCAGAGCAGCUGUCUCUAGUACAGGCUGAGCUGCAGACCCAGUGGGAAGCAAAAUGUGAACACUUGUUGGCCUCCGCCAAGGACGAACACCUGCAACAGUAUCAGGAGGUGUGUGCACAGAGAGAUGCCAGCCAGCAGAAGCUGCUCCAGCUGCAGGAAAAGUGUUUAGCCCUCCAGGCCCAAGUCACAACCCUGACGGAGCAAAAUGAACAGCACAUCAAGGAAAUAGAGAAAACUAAGUCGCAGAUGUCUGGGGUUGAAGUUGCCACUGACUCAUCAGAGAAGGUCAAGAAGAUUAUGAACCAGGUGUUCCAGUCCCUGCGGGGAGAGUUUGAGCUAGAAGAAUCAUAUAAUGGCAGGACCAUCCUGGGGACCAUCAUGAAUACCAUCAAGAUGGUGACUCUUCAGCUGCUAAACCAACAUGAGCCAGAGACGGGAGAGAGCAGCAAUGAAGAUGAGGAAGAAGAACAAGAAGAAGAGCAACCUCAGAGCCCUUCCCAGGAGCAGUCGGUCUCAGCCAGUUCUGAGCCGUCUCAAGCACCCCUAAGUAGGGAGAGGCAGGAGUCCCCCUUGGUGCAGACGGAGCAGGUAGUCAAGGAAGCUGGCCCAUUGCCUCCUCAGGCCCCCCUCACCCCCCAGGAGGAUGCACAGAGAAGGGAAGGGAAGUCCACAGAAGCAGAGGUGCUCGCAGAGAUAAAAGAUGAUUCGCUCCCACCCAAACUGGCUUGCAUCCCCCCUCACAGAGCUCUGGGGCCCCCGACUUCAGUUCCCCCUGAGCCUCCGGGCCCUAUAACUGUGGACUCUGAGUUUGAGGAGACACUUGCUGCCAGCCCAUUGGGAAAUGCCUGUGUUGGGGAGCGAGAAAGCUCCACGAGACUGUCCCUGACUUUAGACCCUAAAAAGGGGGACGACCCACUGUCCUUGGAGCCUGAAAGUCCAGGAGGAGAGCCUCAGCCUCCAGAGUUUAAGAAAGAGGAAGAUGUCACUAGUUCUGCUGGUCCCUCCAAGGAGCUGUCAAGCACAGAAGCAGGUUCUGUAGCUGCAGGGGCAGCGCUUGGACCCAACCCCUCUUCUCAGCGUUCCAGUCUCUCUGGGGAUGAAGAGGAUGAACUAUUUAAAGGGGCAACUCUGAAAGUUCCAAAGUCCAAAGCACAGUCUGAGGAGGAGGAUGAAGAUGAGGUGAGCAUGAAGGGACGCCCGCCCCCAACACCCCUUUUUGGAGAUGAUGAUGAUGACGAUGACAUUGACUGGCUGGGGUGAAGACCCAGGAAACUGAUACAAAGGUUUCUCUACUGAACCUUCCCUAAGCAUGAUUUUGCACAGCCAGCCCUGGGUCUCCGUGAGCCACAGGGUGAGGUGAAGGUGAGCAUUCUGAGGACAGUAACUCAGAUCAUCUGAGUUAGCUAACUUCUGAGCCCCCACCUGGCUGGGUGAAGAGGAGUGUGAGCCAGUCUUCAGAAUGCUGGGGUUGUCAGCAGCCGACCUGGUCCUGCCUCCGAGUCCCAUUUGAAGGAAGGGCUGGUAGGCUCCCCUCCAGUCAGUUACCUACAAGAGUCCUGUCCUCCCAAGCCGUUUAUUCUCUUCACUAACUCAGACUGCUAUGGGGAGGCCUCCUCCAUCUGCCUCCUAACGCUCAACUGUGCCCCAGCAAUAGGACCUGGCGCCUGGGGUGCAGUCUCCCUGGUAGAACCAAGGAUGGGUUACACCUUCUAAACCCCAGUUAACAGCCUUGCCUGCACUCCUGGCACAUUACCUUUCUCUGCCUUAAAUCUUUGAAAUUAACCAAACAAAAAUAAAUAUAUAUAAUCAAGCUUGACUCAAGCUCUUGGGGAGAAAUUGAAUUUGGUUCUAAGGGCUGUCUGUGCUCCUCUCUGAGACUCUGAGGGUAGAAGUUGUAACAGAUCUGGGUCAGUUAAUGUGCAUAAAACCGUGGUGACAUAUUCCCUUUGGUACCUAACCCUGGGACGUGAGGCUUUCAGAACAAAGUCACCCUCCGCUGUCCCUGCUCAUCCCAGCUGCAUUAAGGCUUAGGGCAUGGUGGCUAUCUGAGCACCAGUCCUGUCAUCCACUCGCGCCUAAGUGUUUGGUCCACCUAGGAAGUCAUGCAGGGAAGGUGGCAGGUCCUACAUUCCAUCCCUCAAGGCCCCUGAGAGACUUCACUUUGAGAGCAGCUUCCAUUCCCCCUGAACUCAGGGCCCAGACCAAUGAAGAAAACAGGAGCGAGAAAGUAUUUUUACUUCUUCAAAGAUCUUUCCAAGACCAUGCAACCAGUCUUCAAAAAGUAGAGUAAUUUUAAUAAAAAUGCCUGAUUUUAAAUGUUGA